UAUGAUUCUCUCCCUGGCUGCGGUAGCGGCCAUGAGUAGUGGCGGCAGUAGCAGCCUCAACUCCUCCUCCCCCCUCCUCGACCCCUUCGACUCCUCCACCUCCUGGAGCCUCGGCGAGGACCCGUCCAACUCCUCCUCCGAACCGGUCGCGAGGACUCUGACCCCGGACCUCCAGCCGGCGACCACCGCCGUGGUUGUCCAGGAAGUGAGCCCUUGGGAUGUGGCGCUCUGUGUGACGGGGACGCUCAUCUCCUGCGAGAACGCCCUGGUGAUCGCCGUGCUGUUCUACACGCCGACGCUGCGCGCUCCGAUGUUCAUCCUGAUCGGGUCCCUGGCGGUGGCGGACCUCCUGGCGGGUCUGGGCCUCAUCUUGAACUUCGUCUUCACGUAUCUGGUCGACAGCUCGGUAGAGUUUGUGACGCUGCUGUCGGUCGCGCUGCUCAUCUCGGCCUUCUCAGCGUCCGUCCUCAACAUCCUCGCCAUCACGGUGGACCGCUACCUGUCCUUGUACAACGCCCUGACCUACCACACGGAGCGGACCGUCACCUACACCUACGUGAUGGUGAUCUUCAUCUGGGUGCUGUGUCUCACGCUGGGACUGCUGCCGGCGCUCGGCUGGAACUGCCUCAGAGACGAUUCGGCGUGCAGCAUCUGCAGGCCCGUCACCAAAAUCAACGCUGUGGCGCUCGCCGUCACCUUCCUCCUCGUCUUCGCCCUCAUGAUGCAGCUCUACCUGCAGAUCUGCAAGAUCGCCUUCCGCCACGCGCAGCAGAUCGCCGUGCAGCAUCAGUUCGUCGCCAUCUCCACCACCAAGGGAGUCUCCACGCUGUCAGCCAUCUUGUGCGCCUUCGGGGCGUGCUGGCUCCCAUUCGCCAUGUACUCGAUUGUCGCGGACUCGACCUACCCUGUAAUAUACACGUACGCCACCGUCCUACCAGCGACCUGCUGCUCUGUGAUUAACCCCAUCAUCUAUGCGUUCCGCAACCCAGACAUCCAGAAGUCGCUGUGGAUGGCGUGCUGCGGGUGCGUCCCAUCCAAUCUCUCCCUCAGACCGAGGACCUCCAGUGACGUGUAGCGAGUGAAGGUUUGUUGUCUGUUUUCGGUUUGAGUCUUCACGCCGAGUCCGGGUGGCUACGAGAGAGGUUUGGGAACGGGCGGAAAGGCUGGCGGGCAAGGAAAAGAGACUUCCUCUAAACGCUGGUAGGCUACUAGCAAAAGGCACGUCUGGCCCGGGCUAGAAGGAAGGAACUUUGCAUGGUCAAAAAAAUAAAAAUAAAAUACAGCUGAUAAAGAUCAUGUGAUUCGAGGUGGUGUGAAACCAACUGCAAAAACCUGAUUACGGUAUCCUCAUGGUGGUUGUGGAAGUUAGUCAGGGCGACUUUCCCAACCAGCGCAGGAAGCGAGGCCUACUUCUCAAAGAGUAGCAUUCUUUACGGGAUGGUCGAAGUUUUGUUUUUUUAAAUCUCCACAGGAGCUCAGGCAGCCGCUGCAUGGUUAUGCAAUCAGAAGGAGUGGAAACAGUCUUUAAAAAUACUGAAUUUGUUUGAACUAAAAAAUGAGCUAAAUGUACCCAAUGAAUGACCUUGAGUCGUUUCGAUGAGCUAUCUCUGCAGUCUUCUUCUGAAAAGGGAAAAUCAAGACUAUUCCCUCUCUUGAAACCGCUUUUAAGCAACCCGUGUUCCCCCUUGAUCUGGUGCAGAUUAAUUAAUUUAUGAUUUGUAGACAGAGGAUGCAAAAAGAACUGUGUGUGCCGGGAUAGAAAUGAGUUGUUCAAGAUCUUUAACAUAGCUGGCCUGAGCCUCAGUUUGACUUUUCCCAAAGCCACAAGCCCAGAAGUCAGAAUCCAGACAAAGCUUUAUUUAUGUGCCAUCCCUGCUCAAAAAAAAUGUAAAAAUCCACAAUGAAACCUGAACGAUCAGACCUUGAAAGCAUACAUAACUGUGUCAAUUUUGCAAAACCUAGAGAGGGAUUUCCAUCUGUAGACUAGUGUGUUUGUGUUGAGUGUCAUGAAAUCAAAUCUGCUCUCUUGUCGGAGAAAAAAAAACGAGUUUCUCAGCCAGCUGCUACGCCGUGACUGUGGAGCGAGCGAGCGAGCGAGCAAGGCGAGGGAGAGAGCUGAAAUCAGCACCAAGGACAGCGCCACUGCAGCCGCACUGCUUCCCUGGGAAUGCUCUCUCGGCUGCAGGGGGGGGGGAAGAGCGCUGGAAAGUAGGCUACGCUGUUCUCUACACCAUCUUGAGAGGGGGAAUAUGAGUUGAGGGCCGUUCCAGCUUGAGAGGAGUUGUUCAUUUUUGCAUCGCAUUUGGUGGUGUUUACUGAAAUUUUUUGAAGGAAGGUAUCAUUUUUCGCCAAUACUAUCAGGGACAUUUUCCUGAUUCAACCCUGAAAAGACAAACAAUAUUAUAUUAUAUGCCGGAUUUGUCCAUUCUCUUUAAAAUCACUCAUAUUUUCUGGUUUUAAGGAAAGAGCCCAUGGAAAAUUUCAGCCAUUAGCUCAUGUCUAGACUCAAAAGCAAUUGCAUCACUUUUUAAAACUCAAAUCUAAAGGCUUCGUUUUCCACCAACGUUGCUUUAAUUGGAUUCAUUCUUCUCGGAAUUGCAAAUUUUGUAGCUUUUAUUUGAAGGUAUUCAGGUCACAAAAGAGAAGAUUAAGGGGGGAAAAAAAGACAAUCAAAGUCACUCUACGUUUAGGUGACUGCAGAAAACGACUCCAAUCAAAGCUGAAAUCGACCUUCAACAUCCACUUGAGAUCUCAUGGUGCGACUUUGACCCCCCCCGUCCUCUAUGUGUCUCCUCAUCUCUCCUACAUCUCCAGCCACAGAAAUUAUGCAUGAGAAAAAAAAAGAAGCAACGUAUGGCCCCAUGAGCGCCCGGUAAAACAAGGCGUUUGACACGGGGCGAGGUGAAAGCAGCUGAUGUUUUUUCCAGAUGUUUAUCUGCAUCUGCAAAGCGCCGUUUAGGCCCCCGUAUAGCUUCUAAAUUUAGACGCGGCGCUUUAGCUCCGUCGCCUGAUUGAUUAUCCAUUAGCUAAAGCUGAGCAUGAUCCAUAUCGAGUAGGUCAUUUUUCAUUUAGACGGCCGUGGCUGGCUACAGGACGUCCAAGUCUCUGCUUUGGUUUCCACGGCGUGAUUUAUUCCAAAAAUGUGGACUUUGUUUCUCUUCCCUUUUCUACUUCCCUACUUGUCAGCAGUUGCAGCUCAUUGACUGCACACACACACACACACACACACACACACACACACACACACACAGCAGCAAGCUCUGUCACCCCGGGGGGCCCCUCUAAAGGCCGGGCGGGUUAAUGAGAAGCCAGAGAGGCGAGGUGACGCGGCGUGAAAUAGAAACACCAAGUGAGACGCGCUUUAACGUAACCUUGGGUCACGUCCACCACACACAAACCCAAUCACGAUAAUGUUAUGUCCCUCUGCAGGGGGGCAUCGUGUACGUUUAAUCCAGCUAACGUUAAUAACAUGGCAGUAAUAAGAGAGCGGGGAAUUGGCCUAAUGUACGGAGGAUGAAGUCAGGACGAGCUGGGAAGGAGAUUUAUGACCGACCUCUUAUCAGCAUUAAAACGAUCCAUGUCGUUUCCACUCAGAAAGGAGUCAUGACUAAGCUACCGGCAUGCUGCUGAUAAACUAUUGUGGGAGGUUAACUGGCUUUGGGAAAAUAAGUUCAUGGAAACUGAACAGGCUGUAAAACAAGAAAAAAACAAAACAAACAAAAAAAAUCAGUGUAAACUCAAAAUACAGGUUGUUUCUGUCACAACACUUCCAAAUUAACGCUUUCUACCAAAUAUACGAUGAUAAACGACAGCAAAGAAAACACAAACUUUGGCGCUCAGGAGAUGCAGGUAUUUUGUUUUUUUCUACAGUGUACAUUCAAAAGUAAGACCUACAGCGUUUUUUAAAUAUUUUUCUUGGCAGCAGCAAACAAUCAGUUUUAAGCAGACACCACAACGGUCUUUGUUCGGGGAAAAAGACAGAAUCUCUUGUGUCUUUUAUUUGUUUGUUUGUUUUGUUGUAGUUUAUCGGGCCUUAUCGGAACAAAAAAAAAAGAAGUCCCUUUGCAAUAAUGUCCAACUGUGUUUCGCUGUGUACAAAAAAGAAAAAAGCCACAAUGGAGAAGAAGAGAAAGUGGCCGGAACAAGGUGGUUAACUCUGAAUGAUCUGUAGGAUUGAAAAAAGGAAAAACGUCAAAGCAACAAAAAAGCAGAUUUGAGAGAAAAAGUGGCCUGGCUGGCUGGUCAGGGUAGUAUGAAAGUAGGACAAACCCAAAUAUAAAACGAAUGCUCUAUUUCCAUUUAUAGAUUCCAUUUGCAGAAAAACAGGUCUCGCCACGUUCUCAUAUUUACUCUCUAAAAUUAGCUUAAUUUUUUUAUUUGUUGUUGCACGUGAGGUAGGUAAAAAUAACGGUUAAAGGGUCACACGUGCUAGAAAAAUUCAAAACCACCUCCUUCUGCCGUUUCUCUUUUUGCUCAAUCGCUGCAUCGGUAGAACUGCCUAUUGGUUUAAAGACUUGUAUCGCUUAUACAUUGAAAUAGCUUCAAUGCCUCAGAAGUUGGGGAUUGAUGGAGUUUUGGCACACUUGGUGAAUUUCAGCACUAUUGGGGGGGUGAAUCAUCAAUUGUGCCAAGGCAAAACUAAUCGAUCACAGAGAGUAAAUUGAAUCUAUUUCAGGUAUCUGAUGCAGGUCCUGUUGGCACACAGGUAUCCUGUAUGCACAAUGAUGUGUGAGACUUGCUUAGUCACCUGUGUUUGGAGAUGCUAGAUGGGACAACGCUUACAUUUUUAGCUAGCCCGUUCGAUGUCAUACUGAUGGGACAUCACAAGAUCUUGCUUUCACGCCGUCCCACAGUUUAACCUCCUUUUCUGUCAAUUAGUCAAAGUAUGUGUUACUUUGGGAACAUGAACCAGACUUGGAUCAAACAAGGAUGAAUGAUGGAACCAUACAUGUGUUAGCAUAGCAUUUUAUCACAAUGAGAAAUCUAUCAGUUCACUAAAAUGUGACAUUAGAAAUAACAAAAGAAGCCCGGUACUCUAAUGAUCCUGGCUAUUGUUAUCACGAUGCCAAUUAGCUAGCAUGCUAGCGUUUGCUUACCAACUUAUAGCAUCAAAUACUAUUACAAUGUAGCAUGUUAGUGUUCGUUGCUAGCACUUCACUGUUGCUCAUUCAUGCUAGCAGAAAGCUUAUCAACCUCUAGAGACACUUAUAAUGUUGUUUUACAUAAUAUAGUUCAUAGCAAACUGAAAGAGGCUCAAAUUGUGCGCUACCGGUGCGAGCAUGUCUCGGGCUGGUUUGUACGUUAGCAGUGAGCUAACUUUACAACUACUCUACAAGGGAUAGCAUGAGGCUGGUGAUUAUGUUAGCAGUUAGCCUAACCAAGCAUUCAGAGACACAUUUUAUGACAUUUUGCUGGAACACUUUCUGGCGGGAAUUAGCCUGUAAAGUAAAAUUAGCACCUGGUUAGCUUGAUACUUUUUCGGGGGCCAUUUUGGACGUUAACAAAAAAAACUGUGUCCUUUCUUUGUAACUAUUUGGGUGUUUUUUUUGCGUUCUAAUAUAAACUUCAUAGUAUUGAGAGAGCACACAUAAAAUACAAUGAAGCUGUUGAUGUUCAUGCGUCUGACUAGCACUAGGAGGUUGACCGCCUACUAGCUUGCUAACAAUGAACUGUCAGCGCUUCAAGAAACAUGUUAUCAUCAGGUAAUGUCUUCGUUGUUUCACAGUCAAAUAAAAGUCUUUACUGUCAGCUAAUUGAUACGUCACUGUCCAGACACAAUGUAAGGACUAUAAGGAUGUUAUGGCGCCUGACUAGCACUAGCAUGUUUCUGGCUAGUAGCAGUUAGCUUCUCAUGCUUCUAGACACAGUGUGCAUAUUGCCAAUAAAAUGUUCACUUCAUUUCAACUUUUCAAGGAUGAUUAUUUGACCCAAGUCUGGAGGGAUGAAGUGAAGCCUCAAAUCCACCACAGCUCAGCUUGAUCAAGAGUGACAGAAACGGCUAAAGUUAGCAUUGUUAGUAGCAUCACGCAGCUGUAUUUCAAACUGUCCGACUGUCCCAUCUGGCGUUUCCAUCUUGUGAUUGUUGAACAAAUGCGAACACUCAUCUGUGAAUAUGCCACAACUUAGUCCAACCAUUCCUCGGGCAGGAGUGGAGCGACCUCUCACUGUGUGUGUGAGCCUACUAGGGUGUGUAUUAUGUGUGAGUGUAUCUGUGUGUGUGUGUGUGUGUCUCCCCCCCUUGGGAUCAUAGCCAAUUGUAAUGAACCAUAACUCAACCUACUCUCACUGUAAACACAAACACACACACACAAUGGUUUUUGUCGGCCGCUAUACAGGAGUAUAAUUCCAUUUAAAAAAAAAAAAUACUGUACAAGUGAGUGUGGGUGUUAUUUUUAUUAUGCAAUGCUGUACAGAAAUGUAUAUUUUUGUAAUGUUCAUCAGGGCAUGAGUUACAAAAUAUGGUCGCUGCUGUGAGCAUGUUGUGAGUGUGUGUAUGUGUGUGUGUGUUUCUUCCUCUUCGGUGUUCUUCCUACAAAACAAAUGUUGGGGGGGGGGGGGACAAGAGGUUGUGUGUCGGAUAUGCUGAAAAAGUGCCAUAUUUUUUGACUUUCUAGUGUCUUAUCUUUCUGUUUAUGUACAUACACAUUUGUCUGAGAUGUUGUUGUCAUGGUUGAGCCUGAAACAUCUGUAAAGAACAGAAACUGGUCAAAAAUGGCAUCCAUGAGCAGCAGGAUAACGAAAGAAAGCUGGACUUGACCUUGACAUUGUUGAUCACAUAACUGAGCUAACACGAGGAAAUUUGCCUUUUUCUUAAUGUGCUU